GUCCUGACCGCUGUCGUCCUGGAGCCCGAUGGCAGCGCUGCGUACGUUUGCUUCGGUUCCUCUGACAUGGCACAGCUGGCAGUUCGGCGGAUGGCCAACAAGAACGGCAUCUUCGGAGGUCCUGAGCCAUUGCAGAUCAAGCUGAUCAGUGAGCUUCCAGAGUCCGCUCGGAACGUCCCUGUUCAAGUGGCUCCUGCCUUCUCCGAUGAUCAACCUGUAAACCCUGCAGACCUGCCGGAGUACCUGAAGCCACGGAGGACAUGCAGCCGAAGCCCGCGCAAGCGUGCCUCCCGCAGCGCGAGGCGCCGCAAGCGCAAGAGCAGGAGCAUGAAAAGAUGGCUGGACAG